ACGUUAAUACCGGGAGGGAGAAGGUGCGGCAAGAUGGCGGGAUCAAAUUUCCCAAACACAACCCACGAGAUGUUCAACAUCACCUUUCACACCACGGUGGCUGUCACCACUAAGCUGGCACUGCCCAUGCCGCCUAAGCCAAUCCUUCCAGUUGAAACUGGGGCCCAGGCUCAACAGGAGGAGCAGUCGAGUGGCAUGACGAUAUUCUUCAGCCUUCUGGUGUUAGCUAUCUGCAUCAUAUUGGUGCAUUUAUUGAUAAGAUACAGGCUGCAUUUCUUGCCAGAGAGUGUUGCAGUUGUUUCUUUAGGUAUCCUCAUGGGAGCAUUUAUAAAAAUUAUAGAAUCUCAGAAGCUGGCCAACUGGAAGGAAGAAGAAAUGUUUCGUCCUAAUAUGUUUUUUCUUCUUUUACUUCCCCCGAUUAUAUUUGAAUCAGGGUAUUCAUUACACAAGGGGAAUUUCUUUCAGAAUAUAGGCUCCAUCACCCUGUUUUCUGUGAUUGGGACAGCAAUUUCUGCUUUCAUUGUUGGAGGAGGAAUAUACUUCUUGGGCCAGGCUGAAGUCAUUUGCAAGCUCAACAUGACGGAUAGCUUUGCCUUUGGCUCCCUGAUAUCUGCUGUUGACCCAGUAGCCACAAUUGCUAUCUUUAACGCUCUUAACGUGGAUCCUGUUCUUAACAUGUUGGUCUUCGGGGAAAGUAUUCUCAAUGAUGCGGUCUCAAUUGUCCUGACAAACACCGCAGAAGGGUUGACAAGAGAACACACAUCAGAUGUAAGUGGAUGGCAAACCUUUCUUCAGGCGCUGGGAUAUUUUCUGAAGAUGUUCUUUGGUUCUGCGGCUCUGGGGACUCUGACGGGCCUUAUUUCUGCAUUAGUGUUAAAGCACAUCGAUUUGCGGAAAACUCCCUCCCUGGAGUUUGGAAUGAUGAUCAUCUUUGCUUAUCUUCCGUAUGGACUUUCGGAAGGCAUCUCUCUCUCAGGUAUCAUGGCCAUCUUGUUCUCCGGCAUCGUGAUGUCUCACUACACUCACCACAAUCUUUCCCCAGUGACGCAGAUCCUGAUGCAGCAGACUUUGAGAACUGUCGCCUUCAUGUGUGAAACAUGCGUUUUUGCUUUUCUGGGCCUGUCCAUUUUUAGCUUUCCUCACAAGUUUGAAAUGUCCUUUGUCAUCUGGUGCAUAGUACUUGUGCUUUUUGGCCGAGCUGUCAAUAUUUUUCCACUCUCCUACCUGCUCAACUUCUUCCGCGAUCACAAGAUCACCCCCAAAAUGAUGUUCAUCAUGUGGUUUAGUGGCUUACGUGGGGCAAUUCCCUAUGCCCUGAGUCUCCAUUUGGGCUUGGAACCCAUAGAAAAGCGGCAGCUGAUCGGGACCACCACCAUCAUUAUUGUGCUGUUCACCAUUUUACUGCUGGGUGGAGGGACCAUGCCCUUGAUUCGACUAAUCGAUAUCGAAGACUCUAAAGCCCGUCGGAGGAGCAAGAAGGAUAUCAACCUCAGCAAGACGGAAAAAAUGGGAAACACCAUUGAAUCAGAGCACUUAUCAGAACUCACAGAGGAAGAGUACGAGGCCCACUACAUAAAGCGCCAGGACCUGAAAGGCUUCAUGUGGUUUGAUGCCAAAUACUUGAAUCCUUUCUUUACCAGACGGCUUACACAAGAGGACUUGCACCACGGACGAAUACAGAUGAAAAGCCUCACCAAUAAAUGGUACGAAGAGGUGCGGCAAGGGCCCUCUGGAUCAGAAGAUGAUGAACAAGAGCUGCUGUAGCUUUGUCGGACAGAGCCGGGUAGCUUUUCCUGAUCACGCCAAAAAAACAAAAUACCCUCAAGUAGUGGAAAGAGACCCUCUUCAUAAAAGACAGGCAGCUCACAAGAGACGAAUCUUCACGCCAUGUUCGCUGGUCGUAGAACAGUCACAUUACACAUUUUGCCAGCUUGCUGCCUGGAAACUCCCAAAAGAUGCAGCAGGAAUUGACGCUAGAGGACCAUUUCCAAGUUUCAGCUGGAAUUCGCGCCGAUUCCUUUCACAGCAAACACCUGACUGCAUCAAGAUGAUUAAAAACCCAGGUUACGCCCACGGCGGUUUGUGCUGUAAAAUGUUUGUUAAACAGAUUCUGAAGGUCACCUUCCGUGCACUUUAACUUGCCCUUUCUUUGAUCUGCAAUGUCAGGGGACGGAAAGCAAUGCAGAGUGAUACUGUGAAUUCAAAUUUUAAUCGUAAACAAGUAAAUUAUUAUUUAAAGCCCAGCUGUGAUUUGCACUACAGGCAUGUUAAGGGACUCCGCGUGCUGGGCGAGAACACUCCCAGAAUUCAGUCAGUGUGCAUGAUCAAAACACCAAUGAUUAAAACCUUGUGAUCUCU